AUGGAUCGCCUCUUUCUCUCCCUUCCUAAUAAAGCCUUUCCACUACCCAUCUUCUAUAUUCGUAGGUUUCUCUUACUCUUUUCCCUCCUCUUCUCUUCCUCUUUUGUCCUUUCCAGUGUCAGUAACAGUAAGGCCUUGUCAACCCAACACCAAUGCAUUGAAGAUCACUUCUCUGCUUUGCUCCACCUGAAACAGGGCUUUAAUUUCUCUGCUGAGUAUACCAUGACCACACUAUCCUCUUGGAAUCCUGAUAAUAGGGAUUGCUGUUCUUGGGAAGGCAUCACGUGCAAUGGUGCCACUGGUCAUGUGACCAGUCUCGACCUCAGCAAGCUCCGUAUCUACGGUCGGAUUGAUUUUGUAAGCCUCUUUCGUCUUCAGAGCCUGCAGAAGCUCAACCUCGCUUUCAAUGAGUUUGAUCCCUCUCCAAUCCCAUCUGGGUUUGAGCAGCUCACCAGUUUGACCCAUCUCAACCUCUCUUCUUUGCAAUUUUAUGGCCAAAUUCCGCUGGAAAUCUCCCACUUGACCACUUUGGUGUCCCUCGAUCUAUCUUACAAUCAAUAUUUCAAUGGUUCCUACUAUGAAUACCUGAAACUCGAAAGCCCGAACAUUGGAGCAUUCGUCCAAAAUCUGUCGAGUUUGAGAGUACUCCAUCUCGAUUGGGUUCGUAUCUCAUUGCAGGGUAGUGAGUGGGGCCUGGCGUUAUCCUCCGCACUUCCACUUCUCCACAAGUUGAGCUGGAGAGAAUGUGGUCUAUCAGGCCCCAUCCAUCCUUCACUUUCCAAGCUCCAUCUCCUAUCUGAACUCUACCUCAGUGGAAACAAUCUCUCUUCAGCCAUACCCAACAGUAUUUUCAGCCUGCCAAACCUACAAACCCUCGAUGUAGGAUACAAUCCACUUCUCACAGCUGGCGAAAUCCCUCCAAACAAUACUAUCAGGCAGCUGUACCUAUCCGGCACUGGAUUUUGUAGCAAUCUACAAGAUUCGUACGGUAAUUUAACACUUCUGAUCACGUUAGAACUCCGUCAUUGCCAUAAAGGAGGCCCAUUUCCAUCAUGGCUUGUGAAGCUCGACAACCUCGUGUAUUUGGAUCUUUCAUCCAAUGAUUUCAGCGGACCAUUGCCGUCCUUUCUUGCCAACCUCCACAAUCUCGUUACUUUGGAUCUUUCAUUCAAUGAUUUCAGCAUACCAUUGCCAUCCUCUUUUGGCAACCUCAGCAACCUCGUUCGUUUGGAUCUUUCAUCCAAUAAUUUCAGCGGUCCAAUUCCUUCGUCCUAUGGCAACAAGUUUCAAAAUCUUCAAUGGUUCAUCGUUAACAACAAUUCACUCAGUGGGACCAUUCCAUCAUCAUUGUUUUCACUCCCAUCGUUACAACGGCUGUAUCUCCAAGAUAAUCAAUUUAGUGGUCAACUUGACCAGUUCCAAUACACAUCCUCUUCAGAUAUAUGGAUCAUUGAUUUGUCCAACAAUUCACUAAGUGGGACCAUUCCAUCAUCAUUGUUUUCACUCCCAUCAUUACAAGAUAUGGAUCUUCGAGAUAACCAAUUUAGUGGUCAACUUGACCAGUUCCAAUACACAUCCUCAUCAGUGCUACAUAGCAUUAGUUUGUCCAACAAUUUACUCAGUGGGACCAUUCCAUCAUCAUUGUUUUCACUCCCAUCAUUACAAAAACUGGGUCUCCGAGGCCGAAUUCCAGCAUCACUUGGAAACAUUAAAGCUCUUGAGUCAUUGGAUUUAUCACAUAAUAGUGUGUCUGGAGAGAUUCCUUUGCAGCUGACAAAGCUAAACUUCCUUGCCGUGUUGGAACUUUCUCAAAAUCUCCUCACUGGAAGCAUACCACAAGGUCAGCAAUUCAAUACAUUCACGAAUAAAUCUUUUCUUGGGAACUCGGAAUUAUGUGGCACUCCACUAUCAAAGAAAUGUGAACACGUUGAGGCACAUGCAUCACCACCAUUGGCGCAAUCAGAAAGCAAAUAUGACUGA